AUGCUGGGGUCCCUGCACAGUGACUCGGCAGCAGUUUUGGGGUUGAAAGCAGGAUUUCCCAGUGCUGGAAAUCUGGCCCGGGCCUCUGAUCCCCAAGUCCUCUCAGCCUUGAAGUCUGCUCCAGACUUCGCUGGUUUUAGGAACCCUGUGCGCCAGCCCCGCGCUAGCUCCUGGGACAGAGGCCUUGCUAAUGUACGCAGAACCAGCUCCCAACUCCAAAGCGGCUGCUCGGGCACCAGCAGGGCUCAGCCAAGUCUUUCAGGGCGGCUUCCUGGUCCCCAGCGACGAUCGAUCUUGCGCCCCGAUCCGGGCCGAAGACCCCAGGGCGCAACCCGCAGACCCGGCAGUCGCGGAGACCCACCGCACGCACCGCAUCCGGCCAGGUCGCGGCCGCCCGGGGAAGCAGGCGGCGUCCUCGGGACGGCAGGGGGCGGGGAGGAAGCAACGCGGAGCCCGGCCGGCUCCCCAGCGCGCAGUCCCGGCGGCUCCCGCUUGGCGCAGCCCUGGAGGCGGCGCGUGGGCGCAAGCACCGCGCUCCCCGGAUCCCCGCGGCGGCCACUUGUUUGUGCGCAACCCCGAUACCCGCCCAGGGCGGCCGGCAGGCCCGGCGCGUCCCCCACCCCCACGCCAGAAGUUUCUCCCGAGCCCACGGGCGGCACCAGGCUUCCCUCCCGAAGUUGGGAACGGCCGGAGCCGAGCGCGCACGACACCCGGGGAAGGGACGACCGGGGCGGGGACGCUUUGGCGGAGGCGCCCGAAGUGAAAAGGAAAGAAACCGCCCGGGUCUUCGGAAGGGACCCGCGCGUGCCGCGAUCUCCGCCUCCCACCCGCGAUCGCGGCCGCCGCCAGGGGCGCGCGGGGGCUCAGGGCCUCCCGGGAGGGGCGUGGCGCGCGCGGGUGCCCGGGGCCCCGGUGUGGGGACCCCGGGGCGUGGGAGCCUCGGGGACCUCCCGACCCCCUGCUGCCAGCUCCCAGCCGCCCGCGCACUCACUCACCUGGCGCGGGGCGCGAGUCGUGGGGUCGCCGCUGCUGUCUCCGCGGGCUGGGCCUCUCCGGAUCCGAUCCUCUCAGCCCGCCCGACCCGACCCGAUCCGAGCCGAUCCUCUGGCCCCGCCCCGUCGGCCCCGCCCCGGCCCCGCCCCCAGGGCCCGAGGCGCGGCGUUCAAGGCCCCGGCCCGCGCCCGACCCUACCCCGGCGGCCCGGACGCGCCGCGCUAGGCCCCGCCCACGUCAGGCUCAGCUCCAGAGAUUUCCCAGGAAUACAGUCCGGGGCCUCUGAAAGCGCCCUGAGCCACAAGUGUGCCCGCGAGUGAGUAUAGUUGGGCUUCCUGCCGCUCUGCCCCCCGCGGGAAUUGGGGUUUCGCGAGGCCCAGAACUUGGCCGAUACCCAGGAAUUAAUUGGAUUUGCUUGGUCGUUUCUGGAUGGAUUUGGGGUUGGGAUGGAAGAGCAGCUUUUACUUCCAAGCUUCUUACUAUUCAUAAGUCAUUCAACAAACGGUAUUGAGCACCUGCUUUGGAGCCAGCGUGGAAGUAAAGGUGACGGGGACACCCGAGCCCACGGGAGGAGACUGUGGAGAGAGGCUCUCUAGAAGCUCUAGAAAGAGCACAGCAAGUGGAGGAACAGAAAUCUCACUGCUCCACACACUUCCGGACUGUGCCAAGCAUCAGCUUUCUGCCAGAGAGCCGGUGCUAACAGCUUUAGGAGAAAAACUUGGCUGAGGAGUCGGGGGCUGCACCCCACCUAUGCCAGCGGCAGAGCCUGAUCCUGAACCGGCGCACUGAGCUGCCGAGUGGGGCCGCUGCCAGGGCCUGCACAGUAUGGGCAGUGAUGCAGUGACGGCCGCUGCCCACAGCUGAAGAGUGGCCCAGGGAAACUCUUAACGGCCGAGUGGCUCUGGUGGGGACCGUGGGAAACAGGGUCGUCUCUCUCGAACAUCCCUGUGGUUUAUUUGGUUUAUUUGAUUUUUCUCGUGGACCGUUUCCAGGGAUCUUGGAUGAAAAUCCUGGCCUAUGGCAAGUUGAGGUAAGAGACAGCUGGUCCGCUCCACUGUAUCUCUAGACCGUACAUUCAGAAUCUUCGGGGUCAACCAACAGCAGGUGGAAACCGGUUUUGAAAAACAGAGGUGGGCACGGAACAAGUAUGAAUGUUUUACCGUCAUCAGUUUAGCAGGUCCCAUGCACCACAUCAGCCAGAAGAGUCACCUUCUCAGGAGGGAGGGUGUGUGCAGACCCAGGGGAAGGCGGGGUCCUGUAGACUCCGCCCCACCUCCCAGGGCAGGGCAGUUCAGAGCCCAGGACUAGAUGGCCACCGAGGACUCUGCACCCGGCAGCUGGAAAGGAUGGAGCCACACAGAAUAACAAGAGCUAACAUUUAACCAGAGCUUCCUGCGGGGCAGAUGUUGCUGCAGGCGCUCUGCAUGUGUGAGCCUCCUGUCUUCCCGGAGAUCAGGCCGCGGGCCUCACUGGAGCAUAGGGAAGAGAAGCCCAUGCCGAGAGUGACAGAGCCAGGAUUUCACGCCCAGAUCCUCGUGCUUCCUGAGGUCCAGGACUCGUCCUCCACCUCCCAAUGGCCACACCUCCUGCCUUUUGCUGUUGUUUUUUCCCCCCUUUUUGGUGGAUUUGCUUCUGUCUCUUCUUGUGGUAGUUACGUCACCCCUGGGGUCAGGGACUCUGCUGCUGAGCAUUGGUCUCUUGUGCAAGGACUGGCCUGGCUCUGUUAGUUGCUGGCACCUUGGCCACAUCCCCUGGAACCCUGUCACCAGUUGGGGUACCAGGUUCCAGAUGUGCCUGCUGCCUGUCACACCUGUGUGUCCCAGAGUGCCACCUUCAGCUGCAGGAAGUGUGAGGACAGCUGGAGGCUCUGUGUCCUCCGGCCUUCCACCUAGGUUUCAGGUGACAGGUGAGCAUGCAGGUGACAAGCAGGUGACAUUAUUCCAGCUUCUUUGCCCCAGCUCAGGACUCUGCGCUGACCACAGGGCUUCUCACAUGGACGGGCCAAACUCCUGCCUUCUUCUCGGGCCUUGGCUUGACCUCUCUUGCUUUCCAGUCCCACUUCCCAUGUCCCUGUCCUUUCUUCCUGGGACCUGCAGCCUGAUGUGUGAGGCCCAGUACAGAGUGAAUGGUCAUAAAUUAUUGGAGAAUUUUGAAGUGGCUGGCCCAAGAAUUCCACCUGCCUGGAAUACGUGGGCCUGCCGCUGGGUGUCUUCUCUGGGCUCGGGCUGAUGUAAUGCUGAUUCAAGUGGAAACCAGCCGGGCAGGCCACAUGGAGAUGCACCCUGUGCCUUGGUGGGCCGCCCGCAGGAUGGUGUCAGGUCCAGCUGCACAGAAUGAGCAUUAGCGGCACAGGAGGCCCGGUGUUGCAGACUGAGUUGGUUAGAAAUAUUAUAGGCAGUGAGACAGGGCUGGGUCCUCAAAGGAGCCAGAGCAGAUACCUUAGGACUGUGGGGGAGACAGACACCUCCUGCUGUGGGCUAGGCCUCAAGACAAAGGAUCAAACAAAUGCAUCCACAGCCUAAAGCCUGAUAUUCUAAUUAGUUCCCUAUUACCCUGAGAAAGUAAUCCCAUCCCACUAGGGGAAAAGUUACAGCUCUAAGAAUGCCGCUCCGUAUGUAACUUGCUUUCCCAUUUGUCCCCAACUUAAUUUUACCUGAACUACUAAUCUUAUUGGCUAACUAUAGUUCUGUCCCACCUUAUGCCCAUCUGCCUUGUGAGCUCCCACUUUUCCCCACCUUGAACUCAUCUCACCUCAUGGUUUUACUCUAUAAAAUCCCUGGAAAAGACAGUCUUGCCCAACCCGCUCAGGACCCCUUCUGUCUCUCUCAGACAGAAGCUUUCUUUCUCUCAAUAAAUAUAUUCUACUGUUUAA